AUGGCUUCACCCAGUCGCCAAGCGCAGCGGUUUGUUUCUGGGUUUCGCCCUCGUGCGUGGGUUGUCCCAGCUCGCUGUCACAAUGGCCCUUUCAAGCUAGGCCGACGUGUUGCGUCCAGUUCCGCUGGCUACCAAACUCGUCGACCGGCUUGGACGCCAAUCUGGGCGGGAGCUCUGGCGCUUAUUGUCGGGGCGCCAUUGGCACUCCAAUCAGCAACGGCGAACGGAGCAAGCCUCGAUGCAACGACCCUCGCAGAAAAAGAUGCUCAGAAAAAGAGGGAAGCGACAAUCAACGAGGAUUCCCCGAUGAGGCUUCGAAUGGAGAAAUUCAUCAAGGAACAACAGCAGAUCAUUGUCAAAGAACUUGAAAAAGUGGACGGCAAAAGAUUCCGGAAGGAUGAGUGGACCCGAGAGAAUGGCGGUGGCGGCAUAUCCUGUGUUCUCCAAGACGGCAACGUAUUUGAGAAGGCUGGCGUCAACAUCAGCGUCGUGUACGGCUCCCUCCCAAAACCUGCCAUACAGAAGAUGCACGCAAACCACAAGAUGCUCGAUCCAAGUGUAGAGUCCCUCGACUUCUUCGCCGCCGGCCUGAGCAUGGUCCUUCACCCCAAGAAUCCAAUGGCGCCCACGGUCCACCUCAAUUACAGAUAUUUCGAAACAGCGAACCCAGACGGAUCAUCCCAAGCAUGGUGGUUUGGUGGAGGUAGUGAUCUGACACCUUCAUAUCUCUUCGACGAGGACGCCAUCCAUUUCCACAAGACACUAAAAACCGCUUGUGAUUCCCACGACAAGACAUACUAUCCACGUUUCAAGAAGUGGUGCGACGAGUACUUUUAUAACAAGCAUCGAGGCGAAUGUCGCGGCGUUGGAGGUAUCUUUUUCGAUGACCUCGACGACUCCGAACGUGACCAAGAGAACACCUUCGCUUUCAUCCAGGACUGCUUGAAAUCUUUUAUACCAUCAUACCUUCCCAUUUUGGAAAAACGUAAGGAUAUGCCGUUUACAGCAGAGGAGAAGGACUGGCAGCAAAUUCGGCGUGGCAAGUAUGUUGAAUUCAAUCUUGUGCACGACCGGGGGACUGCCUUUGGACUGAACACUCCGGGAUCACGGGUGGAAAGUAUACUCGUCAGCUUACCGCUGACCGCGAGCUGGAAGUACAUGCAUGAGCCAGAACCAAGAAGUAGAGAACAGCGCCUCGUAGACGUUCUGAAAGACCCGAAGGACUGGGUUUGA